AUGGUAAUAGUUGUUUGCAAUGAAAUUCGUAGUUUUUUUUUUUUACAGCUGGAUGAAGAUCAAGAUGGAUGGCAGACUGUUGGCAAAUCUUCAAGGCAUAAACACAAGGUUCCAAAAGAAAACUGGAACAGCUAUAAACGACCUCCUGAUGAGCAAGAAUACUCUAAUGAGGUAGAAUUUCGUGCUGGUGUGGAACCCUCGGAAGAUGAACUUGCUGAUCUUUCAAGAGCUUGUGAAAAACUGUGGCAUCUUGAUUCAAAUCGUUUGACACCUAACAAAGACUACGAAAUUGACUGUGGUGAAGGCAAAAAGGCUUACCAAAAGGAAGAUAUGGCACAGGGGAGCUUGUUUACUUGGGUUAAUGAUGAUGUAUUCAGAAAGCCUACUUUUGCUCGUUUUCUUUCUCUUUUAGAUAAUUACAAUCCACAUCAAGGAUGUAAGGAAGUAGUCACAUCUGAAGAGAGACAAGAACAAGCUUCUUUCAUAGAAGAAAUCAGUAGAACAGCCCCAAUUAAAUAUCUUCACAGGUAUCUUGCUUCCAAAGGAAUUGUAUCAGAGAGUUACCAAGAAUUCAAAAGAAUGAUGACCAAUCUGUGGUUUGACCUUUAUGGCCGUGGUGGCACUUCUGGUUCCUCUUCUGCUUUUGAACAUGUUUUUGUUGGAGAAAUCAAACAAGCUGGAGAAGUUUCUGGCUUUCAUAACUGGCUGCAGGUGCUUAGGGAAGUAGGAGUAGAACAUAACGUGGCAAAAGAAGAAGGAAUCCUCGCUACUAAUAUUCCAUUUAUUGAACGAGAUUAUUAA